CAUGAAGAGCUCCUGGCCUGGGCCGAGGGUCUCGGCGUGGAGAUCAACAACAUACGGCCCAUGAGGCUCUCUGGACGUGGCUUUGGAAUUGUUGCAACAGACCACAUUCCAGAAGGCACGGAAAUUCUCACGGUCCCCUGCUCAAUACUACGAACCCUGGAUACCGUCCCGUCAACGAUUACAAAGAAACUUCCCAAGGACAUGACCGUCCAUGGCCUGCUGGCCGCCGACCUGGCCCUGAACCAGACGGAAAACGCCACGACUUACGCCAAAUGGGACGCCGUCGUCCCAACAUGGGAGAACAUACAGCUCUCCAUGCCGAUGGUUUGGCCUGCUUCCCUACAGGCAUUCCUUCCCGCCGCCGCCGCGAAGCUUUUGCGCAAGCAAAAGAAGAAAUUCGAGCGGGACUGGGAUCUGGUGUCCGCUGCGUUCCCCUUCUCUACGCGAGGUGGGGUCAGGGCCUCGUGCACGGAGGAAGAGUAUCUCUAUGCCUGGAUGCUCGUCAACACGCGAACGUUCUACUUCGUCACCCCGCGGACCAAGAAGCUCCCCAAGGCCGACCACAUGGUGCUGCAGCCCGUCGCCGAUCUGUUUAACCACACCGACAAAGACGGCUGCGAAGUCGCCUUCAAUCACGCCACCACGUACUCUUUCCGGACCACGCGGUCCUACGAAAAGGGUCAGGAGGUCCACAUCAGCUACGGCAAGCACCCCAACGACUUUCUCCUCGUAGAGUACGGCUUCGUGCUCGACCAGAACCGCUGGGACGAGGUCUGCCUGGACGACGCCAUUCUCCCCUCCUUGUCGGAUGCGCAAAAAGAGGACCUCGAGGCCGUGGGGUUCCUGGGGAAGUACGUGCUGGACGAGGACACCGCAUGCCACCGCACACAAGUGGCGCUGCGGCUGAUGCUGGCGGGCAUGCACCAUGGAUUGUCGACCAAGGAGUGGCAGCGGUUUGUGAACGGGCUGGACGAUGGGGAGAAGAGCCAGCGCAGAGCGGACGGGGUCCUGGUGUCGCUCCUCAAAGACUAUGACUCAGAAGUUUCGGAUCAGAUGAAACAGCUGAAGGCCCUGCAGUUUGAGGCUGGCAGUGCAGAUUUGAACCAGAGUCGUAGGGAGAUGUUGCUCAAGCGGUGGGAACAAAUACAUAACUUG